AUGCUCAUGGGUUCUGGGUUGGAUUUGGGGUCAUCUUCACCAGUUCUUGUAGUUGAGGAUGGGGAGGAGAAGAGUGGGUUGGUGGGUCGGGUUUUGAGGCUCCAAGAAGUAGAAAUGGAGGUAGGAAAGAGUGUGCUUGUGUUCGUGUUUGGGUUCGGGUUCAAAAAGAAUUUGGGAGGGAGAGGUGAUUUGGGUAGUGGAGGGAAUUUGGAAAUUAGAAAUGAAGAAUAG